CACUGUCCUCAGUUGCCUCUUCCCCUGCCCCAAAUUUUCACUAUUUUUUCUUCUCAUUUCUCCUCUGUCGAAUAAUAUAGAAAAACAGAGGAAAAUACCAAGAAAAACAACCAAAUGAAGCACCGAAGAAUCUGAACUCCUUUUCCUUCCGCUUCCCAAUUCCCUACCCGAAAUGGGGUUUUGAAUCAAACCCAAAUCUCAGAAAUUCACACGGAUUGCUUGGUUGCUUGUUUCAAUGGCCGCUUCUUCUGGGUUGGUUGCAGAGGCGAACCCGGAAGUGUUUCCAUGGCUCAAAACCCUACCCGUAGCUCCCGAGUACCACCCCACUUGGGCGGAGUUCCAAGAUCCGAUUGCCUACAUUUUUAAAAUCGAGAAGGAGGCUUCCCAGUACGGAAUCUGCAAAAUCGUGCCGCCGGUGCCGCCUUCCUCAAAGAAGACCACAAUUGGGAACUUGAACCGGUCACUGGCUGCUCGGGCGGGGGUUUUGGGGUCUUCGGGCCCGAAAUCCCAGCCCACAUUCACUACCCGGCAGCAGCAGAUCGGGUUCUGCCCUCGGAGGCCACGGCCCGUGCACCGACCCGUGUGGCAGAGUGGCGAGCACUACACUUUCCAGGAAUUUGAAGCGAAGGCUAAGAGCUUUGAGAAGAGUUACUUGAGAAAAUGUAGCAAGAAGGGAGGGCUUUCGCCGCUGGAAAUUGAAACCCUUUACUGGAAGGCGACUGUGGAUAAACCCUUUUCGGUGGAGUAUGCGAAUGACAUGCCCGGUUCAGCUUUUGUGCCAGUGAGUGCGAGGAAAAGUAGUAGUACUAGUAAAGAUGCAGGGGACAAUGUGACUCUUGGUGAUACUGCUUGGAAUAUGAGGGGGGUGUCGAGGUCAAAAGGGUCGUUAUUGAGGUUUAUGAAGGAGGAGAUUCCGGGGGUUACUUCGCCGAUGGUGUAUAUAGCUAUGUUGUUCAGCUGGUUUGCUUGGCAUGUGGAGGACCAUGAUUUGCACAGCUUGAAUUAUCUGCAUAUGGGAGCAGGGAAGACGUGGUAUGGUGUGCCGAGGGACGCUGCGGUUGCAUUCGAGGAGGUUGUUAGGGUACAGGGCUAUGCGGGAGAGAUCAAUCCUCUUGUUACCUUUUCAACCCUUGGCGAGAAGACGACUGUGAUGGCGCCUGAAGUAUUUGUCAGUUCAGGAGUUCCAUGCUGCAGGCUUGUGCAAAAUGCUGGGGACUUUGUUGUGACUUUCCCAAGAGCGUAUCACACUGGAUUCAGUCAUGGAUUUAAUUUUGCGGAGGCAGCUAACAUUGCAACUCCUGAGUGGUUGAGGGUUGCAAAAGAUGCUGCUAUUCGACGAGCUUCAAUCAAUUAUCCACCAAUGGUGUCUCAUUUUCAGUUACUUUAUGAUCUUGCUUUAGCAUUGUGUUCAAGAAUGCCUGCACGCAUAAGUUCUGAACCACGGAGUUCUCGACUGAAAGAUAAGAGAAAGGGUGAAGGAGACAUAGUAGUUAAAGAGUUAUUUGUACAGGAUGUCAUUCAGAAUAAUGACCUGCUUCAUGUUCUUGGAAAGGGGUCACCAAUUGUCCUUCUACCCCAAAGUUCUUCAGACCUUUCUGUUUGUUCAAAAUUACGUGUUGGUUCACAGUCAAGAGUAAACCCUGGCUUUUCGCCGGGCUCAUACAAUCUGAAGGAAGAAAUGAAAUCCUCAGGUUCAGUUUCUGAUGGUCUCAUGAUAGAAGGGCAGCAGGUUAAAGGUUUCUAUUCCGUGAGAGGAAAACUUGCAUCUCUAAGUGAAAGUAAUAGUCUUCACUCUUUAAGUGGAUGUAACAAUGUAUGCGGCCUGCAUUUAAAGAGGUCGAACUUGAGCUGUGAAAGAGAAAGUCAUGUCGAAGGGGAGGGGUUGUCAGAUCAGAGACUGUUUUCUUGUGUUACAUGUGGAAUUUUGAGCUUUGCUUGUGUUGCUAUUAUUCAACCAACAGAAGAAGCAGCCAGAUAUCUUAUGUCAGCAGAUUGUAGCUUUUUCAAUGAUUGGGUUGUUGGAUCUGGAUUGGGUAGUAAGGCGUUCUCGGGUGUAACUGGGGAUCCAGUUACUUCAAAUAAUGCUCCUUGCACAGGAUUGGAGGAAAACAAUGCCCCUAAUGGUUUAUAUGAUGUGCCUGUUCACUCUGGUAAUUAUCAAAUCCAGGUGGUUGAUAAAAGAAAUGAAGUGGUUUCAAAUACUGAAAUGCCGAGAGAGACUUCAGCUCUUGGUCUAUUAGCUUUGAAUUAUGGAAAUUCAUCUGACUUGGAGGAAGAUCAGGUUGAAAUAGAUGCUCCUGUCUGUUCUGAUGAACCGAAGGUGACAAACUGUUCUUUGGAAAGUAGAUAUAGGGACCAAAGUGCUAGUCUUCCUUAUGGUGGUACAAGUGGGGUUCACAGUCCCUCGUCAGCAGGAUCUGAUUGUGAGAAAGAACUUUGUCUCCAAAAUUUUGAUCACCAUGCUACAGAUGGACGUAAAAUAGCAAAUUUCAAGGAUACCAGCCAUCAAGACAUUGACAGCUCUGCUGAUUUCGGAACUAAUAAUUAUGCUUCCACAGCAACAGGUUUUGGUAAGGCUAUCGUACCAAUACAGAAAACAAACACGUCAUGUCAUCCAGGAUGCGAUGAAGACUCUUCUAGAAUGCAUGUCUUCUGCCUUGAGCAUGCUGUAGAGGUUCAGCAGCAGCUUCGUUCAAUUGGAGGUGUCCAUAUUUUGCUCCUUUGUCAUCCAGACUACCCAAGGAUAGAGGAGGAAGCCAAAUCAAUGGCAGAAGAGCUGGGAAUAAGUUAUCUCUGGAAUGAUAUGGCAUUCAUGAAUGCCACCAAGGAAGAUGAGACGAGGAUUCAGUUAGCUCUGGAUAGCGAGGAUGCCAUUGCUGGGAACGGGGACUGGGCUGUAAAGUUGGGGAUCAAUCUCUUCUACAGUGCCAGCCUUAGCCGCUCUCAUCUUUAUAGUAAGCAGAUGCCAUACAAUUCUGUUAUAUACAAAGCAUUUGGCCGGAGCUCUCCUGCUAGUUCACCAACAAGAAUUGAUGUCUAUGGGAGGAGAGGUGGCAAGCCAAAAAAGGUAGUGGCAGGGAAAUGGUGUGGUAAAGUAUGGAUGUCGAAUCAAGUUCAUUCUUUUCUAGUAAAAAGGGAUCCUGAGGAAGAAGUAGAAGUAGCAGAAGAUGAAGAAGAGCGGUCCUUCCGUGCUUGGGCAAUGCCAGAAGAGGAUGAUGAGGUAAAAUCAGAAAUCACACGCAGAACUGAGAAGACAGUUAAGAAGUAUGCUAGGAAGAGGAAAAUGACUGCAGAUACUCGGACAGCCAAGAAAGCCAAAUGUUUUGAGAAAGAGGAUGCAGUUUCAGAUUAUUCAUUAGAUGACAACUCUCAUCAGCAGCAAAGGAGGCUUCCUAAGAGCAAGCAAGCCAAAUAUAUUGAGAGAGGUCGAACCAAGAAAGCCAAGUGUAUUGAGACACAUGAUGCAUUUUCAGAUGAUUCAAUGCAAGAGGAUGAUUCUCAUCAGCAAAAUGGGAGGAUUCUUCACAGCGAGCAAGUUGAGUAUAUUGGGAGAAGUGAUGUUUCAGAUGAUUCUGUGGGAAUUGAUUCUCAUCAGCAGCAUAGGAGGACUGCUAAAAGUAAGCAAUUCAAACCAGUGGAAACAGAUGUGGUUUCAGAUGAUUCGUUUGAGGGUAGUUCUCAUCAGCCGCGGAGGGUCCUUAGAAGCAAGACAACUAAAUGCACUGGGAGAGAAAAUUUGAUUUCGGAGGAUGUUCGCGGGUUUAGUUCUCAUCAGCAACGAAGGAGCAUUUCUAGAAGCAAGCAGGCCAGAGCCAGAUUCAUGGAGAGAGAAGAUACCUCUCUGGAUGAAACACCGGAAGAUAAUUCUCAGCAGCAUAAGAGAAAUCUUCGAAACAAGCAAACCAAACCAGAGACCCGUGGGAAAAUGAGACAAGAAACCUCUCGCCAAGUGAAACAAGGAACUGCUCCUCUUUUGAAACAAGGCACUCGCACUCUGAGAAAUCAACAAACCCCUCUGCAAACGAAGAAGCAGACACCUAGGCUCCGAAAUAAUCAAUCUGAGCAGAAUAAUCAGUCUGAGCAGAACAGCUUUGAUUUAUAUGCUGAAGAUGAGACAGAAGGUGGGCCUAGCACGCGCCUUAGAAAAAGAGCUCCUAAGCCCUCAAAAGUCCCUGGAACCAAAUCAAAAGAGCAGCAACAAACCGCUAGGAAAAAGGCAAAGAAUGCUUCAGCAGGGAAGACUCAGGCUGGCCGAAAUGAAACAAAGAGGGAAGAGGAUGGAGAAUUCGUGUGUGAUCUUGAGGGGUGUACCAUGAGUUUUGCCUCGAGGCAUGAGCUUUCCCUCCACAAAAGAAACAUAUGUCCAGUCAAGGGGUGCGGAAAGAAAUUCUUCUCGCACAAGUAUCUGGUGCAACAUCGCCGAGUUCACACAGAUGAUCGUCCCCUUCGGUGUCCUUGGAAGGGUUGCAAAAUGACAUUCAAGUGGGCAUGGUCUCGCACUGAGCACAUUAGAGUUCACACAGGUGCUCGUCCCUAUGUAUGCGCUGAACCAGGGUGUGCACAGACCUUCCGAUUUGUGUCAGAUUUCAGCCGUCAUAAGCGCAAGACCGGGCAUUCGGCGAAGAAGAGUAAGAAGUGACUUGAUGAUGGAAAACAGAUGUAAUGAUGUAACUUGACUAGUGAAUCUGUUGUUUCUAUUGACAAAUUAGGGUUGGUAGGAGAGAAGGAUAGGGCUAGGGUUUCCAGUGUAAUUGCAAUUCAGAGUAACCAUUGAUUCUGAUUUCCCUUGGGCCUUCAUUUGGCCCAUCCAUUUGCUUCAACAAAGACGCUUGGAGAUUAAGCACAUCUUCUCUGAAGAGGGUCACAUGCUAAUCCUGUUUUAGUUGAAUUUUCAAAUGCUAAUGUCAUUCAUUUGGAUCUUGUUAGA